UUCUCUACUCUUUUGCGUUUCUGCCCCGACUACCCACUAAAAAACUCCCCCAAAAAACCACAGAACCGCCAUGAGAAUACGGAAGCACGCCAAAAUUUGUUCAUUGACAUAUGCAGCAUCUUCAUUGAAACCUGGAACCGUGCUUCAAACCCAUGUUUGCCAGUUGAAUCAGUCCCCUUGGGAUGUUAUGAGUUUUUCGCCACCAUCAACUCCUUCGCCACCACUGCCUCCUCCGUCGUUCCAGAGAAUAAUUUCUCUGCAGGUCAAUGAAAAUGAUGAUUUCGCGAGAAAUGGGAGCUUCGGAGAAUCUAUUGCAACUUUUGAUAGUGCCGUGUCGAUGAAAAUGGCUCUGGAUGAUGGGGAGAUCGAGGCUAUGAAAAUGGAAUAUUCAGACAGUGUCAUCGUGGGCGGCUCCGUCAUCGGCAAUGCGGAGGAAGGGGUCCCAAAGAAAGACAGGGAGAUUAUAUUUUGCUGCAAAACUGAUGGGAAGGGCUGGAAAUGCAAGAGGGAGGCCGCUGAAGGGAAUUCCUUAUGCAAGCACCAUUUAUCUCUCGUAAGGAACUACAAUAAUUGGGCUCCACCGGUGGCCAAGAAAGUCGAUAAGGUGGCGGCUGACUCUCAUAGGCGUCCCCGGGCCAGGAAGGUGGGUUCGUCAUCUAAUCCGCACGAAUUCUACUAUUACUCGGGUUUUGGACCGCGUUGGGGCAAAAAAAGAGGCGAGAAAAAUCAGAUUAGCGGUAGUCGAGACGUGUCUAAAAAUAUCGAUCAACAACAUGAAAUGGCACAAUCAUCAUCAUCUCAAAUUGACAUUGAAGAAUCUGAUAUCGAGGAUGAGGAAGACGAGGAGAAUAGCGAGAGCGAGAGUAGGAGGAAGAGGGCCCGAAAGCCCAUUAAAGCCAGGUCCCUAAAGUCCCUAAUGUGAAUGGAUCAAAAUUUGGCGUAAAAUAGUGUGACAUUUGAUUUAAUGGCAGUUGACUCCUAACUCAAAGUGUUUCCUUUUGUUAAUAAUAAGGGUAGAACUGUAAUUUCAUCUUGCAUUUCUAUCAGGGUGUUUGGAAGUACUUUAAUUAAAUUGCACUAGUAUUUGUAAAAAUUAAAAAUAGAAACAAAUCAACA